AACAAAAAUAUUGUUAGAUGAUCCAGAUGUUCAUUUUGACAGUUAGAAAUGGAAAAUGGGUAAAACAAAAAGAUAAUAAAUGAAACCUUCAAUAAGGAUGUAUGAAAAAAAACUUCACGUAUGUAGAAAUAAUUGUGUCAACCUAUUGUUGAUAAAUAAUAGUGUGGGUUGUAAGGAACCGUAUUCCUGAACACGUCGACAAAAUGUAGACCAAGCCGAGGUUAAAACACUGUAGACGUGCCAGCACCAGAAAGAAACUGUUGUGCUGAGAGGUGAGACGGUGCCUAGUGCCUGUUUGUAGUAAAAAUGGCACUUGCUGAAUUAGAAGACAUACUUUUUACACACAAUCAACAACACUUAUUAAGUUUCUGGAGUGAUUUAAGUGAAGACGAGCAAAACUCACUUGUAACUCAGUUAAGAAGUAUAAAUUUUGAACAAGUGAAUGAUGUUUUCUAUAGGGCACAAAGUUACAUGCAGGAAGGGAUUCAAAAGCUGGACGAUUACAUGGAACCUGUUCCACCAAAUCAGUUUGAAGCUGAAGUUAAGUUAGAUCCUGGAGUGUUAGAUGAAUAUUUUAUGCAAGGCUUAAACGAAAUAUCUAAAGGACAUGUUGGAGUUAUCCUGUUGGCUGGAGGUCAAGGAUCUAGAUUGGGAGUUACUUAUCCUAAAGGUAUGUUUCCCCUUGACUUGCCCUCAGGUAAGACAUUGUUUCAAAUACAAGCAGAAAGAAUACGACGGAUACAAAAUAUAGCAACAGAAAAAACCGGAAGAAAAGGUAAAAUAUCAUGGUUUAUCAUGACCAGUCAAGCAACCCAUGAAGCUACAGCUAAUUAUUUAAACAAACAUGGCUACUUCGGUUUGAAUAGGGAAGAUGUUAUCCUUUUUCAACAGGGCGUGCUGCCUAGUUUUGAUUUUGAGGGAAAAAUUAUCCUAGAAGAAAAGCAUAAAAUAUCAUUGGCACCAGAUGGUAAUGGUGGAAUAUAUAGUGCCCUAAAGAAAAAUAAGAUUUUGGAAAUAAUGAGGAAGAAAGGUAUAAAAUGUGUGCAUGUUUACAGUGUGGAUAACAUUUUGGUGAAGGUUGCUGAUCCCAAUUUUAUAGGGUAUUGUGUGAAGAAAGGAGCAGAUUGUGGAGCAAAAGUAAUUCCAAAAGAAAAUCCUUAUGAAGCCCUUGGUGUCGUAUGUCAAGUUGAUGGAAAGUUUCAAGUGGUAGAGUAUAGUGAAGUAACGGAUAAAACUGCAAAUCUUAGGGACGAUUCGGGAGAGUUAGUUUUUAGGGCGGGCAGCAUUUGCAAUCAUUUCUUUACCACGGAUUUUCUAGAAAAAGCUUCUAACCUCUAUGAGAAAAAACUGAAGCCUCAUGUGGCCAAGAAGAAAAUUUCGUUUGUAGAUAAAGACGGAAAUAAAAUCCAACCUAUAGAACCCAACGGUAUCAAGAUAGAAAAAUUUAUUUUUGAUGUUUUUGAAUUUUCUGAAAAAUUUGUUACGUGGGAAGUGCCUAGGACUACCGAAUUUAGUCCUCUUAAGAACUGUGAAAAUGUACAUAAAGAUUGUCCUUCAACGUGCCGACGGGAUUUGCUCGAUUUACAUAGACGGUACGUGAAACAAGCUGGGGGUAUUGUGGAAUCUGCUGAAGUAGAGAUUUCACCGCUGCUAUCUUAUGCCGGGGAAAACCUUAAAGAAAAAGUGGAAGGAAAAACAUUCUCCAAGCGAACUGUACUGUUGGCAGACGAAGAAACUAUUAGUAAUGGAAUAAAUGGUUCAUGAGUUCUAAUUUUAUUGUUAUCUAUUUGUAUCAACAGUUGUACUUAUAGCGGACAUCUUAAUUUAAAAUUAAGAAAUAGGUGCUCAAAAUUUUAAAUUAUUUGUCAACUCAGGGAAUUUUGAAAUUAAAGUCUUCGCUAUAAUAUUUGUAAAUAGUUAUACACUAAAGGGCCAAUGAUUGUUUUAGAAAUUUAAAGUUUUAUUGUUAUUAUGUCUGUUUUAUUAUUAAUAUUGUUUACUACUUAUUUGUAUGUAUUAUGUUUUGUGAUUGAUCAAGAAAAUAGCGUGUCGAAUUUUGAACGCGCGUUUUUUGAGUAAAAACUAAAACUCCCAAAGUGUGAAACACUGAAGGAAAUAUAUUAAGGAAACCUGUCAAUAGUACUGCUGUGGUUGGGUGGAUAGAGGAACAGAAAAUGCCCAGAAGCAAAAAGAAACAAUAAUCAAAAAUAGAAACAAAAAACAUCAGCAAAUGACGAUUUAUUAGAAAAAUAGAAUGAGACCAAACAGGCAAUCGAAAAUACAUGCAACGAGCAACUGCAGGCAAGUUAUAGACAAAAGAAGGACUGAAUAACCGAAGAGAUUCUGCAACAAAUAGGCAUCAGAAGAAAUAAUAAGAAUAAGCAUUCGGAAACAUACCCAAAAGUAAUAGAACAAUUAAGGGGGAAGUCUACUGUGGCAAGGGAAAAAACAGGCCGAUUUUCCGGAUUUUUUUUCUAACAAAAUAUGACUCAUACAUUAAAUUAAAUUAAACUGUCAUCUUUAUUAUAUAUUCAGUAUUUGUAAAAAAAAAUUCAAGUCGAAAUAUUCAAAAUUGCCGUCGUGGCACUCCUUCAACCGCAGGUCGGUUUUUUUAGGUGCCCAAUCUGAAACAAAAAAACAAAAUAUGGUUAUCAUCUACAUUGUAUUGACUCUCGUCUGAGGGAGGAUUUUGCCGAUAAAAAAUUUUGGCUCCGAAAAAAAAAUUCUUGAAAUUAUUUUCUAUUUUUUGCCCAAAUUUGAUGUUAUUAUUGUUUAUAACAAUUAAACAAAAAACGAUAUCAAAAAAUUCUCCGUCAGACGAGAGUCAAUACUAUGUAGAUGAUAACCAUAUUUUGUUUUUUGUUUCAGAUCACCCAGACGUGAGAUUUCAUGUACACCGUUUGGGCACCUAAAAAACAGACCUGCUCUUGAAGGAGUGCCACGACGGCAAUUUUGAAUAUUUCGACUUGAAUUUUUUUUUACAAAUACCGAAUAUAUAAUAAAUAUGACGGUUUAAUUUAAUUUAAUGUACGAGUCAUAUUUUGUUAGAAAAAAAUUCCGGAAAAUCAGCCUGUUUUUCCCUUGUCACAGUAGACUUCCCCCUUAAAAGAAUAACAAAGGAGGCAAAGGAGAAAUGGCUGGAAGAAAAGUACAGGAACAAUACAGAGCUUGAAGAGAAAUAUGACUCUCCCAAUAUUCAUAAGAAAAUUACACAAAUGAAAACGCAAAAAAGUAGGCGACCCCUGCAAAAGAUAUCACGCGUCUACUGAAAGUGUGGGAAUCAUAUACAGUGCUAGUCAAAAGUCCGUACCCCCCUCGUAUCCUUUGAACGGCUAUACCUAUAAUACUGUAAUUUGGAGGGAGGAAAUAAACGGACGUAAGCUUCUUAACUAGUCAUGAGAGGUGACGUAAUAGUGACAGAUGACGUUACAGAGCCACUGUGACCGAUAAUUUUAAAUAGGACCUUAUGGCAAGUGAUACCUCGUUUGAAAGGUAUUCAAAAUACCUAUUCAGUCAUACUAAUUUUUUUGGGUUUAAGUUGAUUUUGAUUUUGGUGAAUAAAUUAAAUAAAUAUAAUAUUGUAGUUUCGCAUUUAAUUAAUAAAAAUUCAAAUGUCCGUCUAUGGCUUUUUUGUCAAAAAAGUUGACGUUUUUCAAUUCUCUAGUAGUUUUUACGUCAACGUCAACCUUUUUGACAAGUAAUCAUAGCCGGAAUUUUGAAUUUUUAUUAAUUAAAUGCGAAACUACAAUUUUAUAUUUAUUUUAUUUAUUCAUAAAAAUUAGCUUGAACUCAAACAAAAUUAGUAUGACUGAAUAGGUAUUUUCAAUACCUUUCAAACGAGGUAUCACUUGCCAUAAGGUCCCAUUUAAAAUUAUCUGUCACAGUGGCGCUGUAAAGUCAUCUGUCACUAUUACGUCACCUGUCAUGACUAGUUAAGAAGCUUACCUUCGUUUAUUUCCUCCCUCCAAAUUUCACUAUUAUAGGUGUAACCGUUCAAAAGAUACGAGGGGGGGUACGGACUUUUGACUAGCACUGUAUAAAAACACUUUUUCGUGAUGAUCGUCAUAAAUAUACUGUCCUAAAUAAUAACGAAGAAAUUAUAGGCCCUCUUAUUACAAAAGAUGAGAUCAAUAAGGCUUUUUUAUCCUUGAAGAAUAACAAGGCACCUGGUCCUGAUGGUAUUUACUGAGAACCUCUUAAUUUGAUAUACGAAACGGACUGUCAUUUCAUUGAUACGGUACAACCACUUUAAGGUACUAGUACACUUUAGAAGACCAACCUUUAUUAAAAAUGAACAUAAAUCUUUGUACAUAUUAAUAUCUAACUCUUAGAGAAUACAAAAAAUAAUUCUUUUUUCAUUUAUGCACGUACACUAAUAUUGUAGAUUGCGCCAAAGUCGAGGCAUCGAAAAAAUGUAGUUCCGAUGGCGGAUAGGAUUGGGAUCACUGAAACAAAAAAAAAGAAUGUGUGUGUACUUUGUACGCACGUAAGAAGUUAUACUUCUAUUAUAUGAUUUCAACGAAAUAAAUAUACUUUCAACAGGUUAUUUGUAUUUUAUUUAAAGCGUAAACUAAUUUUUACUUCCAAAAAUUUUUAUUAAAACAAUAUGAAAAAUAAAAAAAAUUAGAAAACACAUGGAUUCGAACCGUGGACCUCUCGAUCUCCGGUCACACGCUCUACCACUGAGCUAUACUCCCUUUGCUUUGACAGGUUACAAGAUUUCUCAUACAUACUGACAAAUUUAAUAUACCAAGUGAAGUAUACAAAAAUACUUUAAAUAUACUUACUAUUAUUAUAAAAUAUCUUAUUCCCGAGGAAGACAAAUAAAGACACAAAAACUAUAAUAAAUAUAUUUACUAAAAACACUAAUAAUAUAUUCUUUUCACCCACACCUUAUUUGCGCUACAUAAAAAUGUAGCGACUAAUACCAUACUGUCGGUGUGCGCAUGCGCCAGGGAGUGUAAAAAUUCACCCUCGUGCCUAAAGAAUUAUAUGUAACUUCAAAAAUCGUACCGCAUUUGAAAAAGGAAGGUUUCUCGCGUGACAAUUUACCACCGUUAGUGAAAAAUUACGCAAAAAAGAUUUUACGGAAAUUUGAAAAAUUUUUGUGAAAAAUCACCCGUUUUUCUUCAGUUUUUCGUGGUUAAAAAAUAUUUGUUUUUUAUUUUUUGGUCAGAUUUUGGUAAAUUGUCACGUAAUAUCCCAAUCCUGAGAUUAACUGUCCGCCAUCAUUCUUCGAUGCCUCGAUUUUGCGCCCUAUACAAUAUUAGUGUAAGUGCAUAAAUGAAAAAAGAUAUAUUUUUAGUACUCUCUAAGAGUUAGAUAUCAAUAUAUAAAAAGUUUUAUGUUCAUUUUUGAUAAAGGUUCUGAGAAAAAAGUUCUUGAAAAAAUGAUUGUUUUAGGUCUUCUAAAGUGUACUAGUACCUUAGUGUUUUGGUAGCAAAACACCACAAAUAAAAUAACAGAGGAUAACAAAAAACAAAUAGAAGAUUUAAAUAACCCAUCCAGUAAAAUAAUAUAUGUAGGAACAAUGGUGUAGAAAUAUAGAAAAUGUUAAAGAUGAUAAUAAAAACAUACGAAAAAUAAUCAAAGACAAAAAAAGCAACAAUACAAAUGAAAUUCUUGUACUGAUGAAGCAGAGAUUUCAACAGAAAAACAACAGGAAUAUAUCCAAGACAUCAAAAAUCCAGGUAGCAAAUAUCCUAAAAAGUCACAACACCAAUUGUGUUAAAUUAUACUAAAGAAAAUAAUACUACUGGCAUCCUUGCCUAAUGACAUAAAUACAGCUAUACUAUGAUUACCGAUACUAAUGUAAUGUAUGGGGUCGAAAGAUGGACCUGCGGGUGUAUGUCGCAAAUUUCGUGGUUGGACAGAGUCCCAAACACAGCAGUACUAAAACUAGAAGAAUAAACAAAAAUGAUACACUCUGUUAAAAAAAAUCAUAAUACUACUGAAAAAUUGUUUAUUUUUUAGAAUUAAUUCUUUUAUUGGGAUUGGUAAGACCUCCCAUACGUUUGAUAAUUGUGAUGUAUGUAUAUAAUAGAACUACAAGAAACAGCACUCCUAAAAUUAAAUAAACUAAAGCAGUCUUCGAAUGUGAUUUAUAAGAUACGAAUGAAUUAAUGAUCGAAAUGAGAAGCCACUAAUAUAGUGGAAUACUUUAAAUCACUAAUAUGUGUGGAUUAUGAGGAAAGUCUUUGACCAAGUAACCAUUAUAAGCAUUUAAAGAUUGAGUAGACUGUAUACUGUAAUAGAUCACUUAUAUACUACAAUAAUUCAACAUAUCUAUGAAAAUGUAACAGAACGCGUUGGGUUUCACAAAUAUACUAAGAAAUUUCCAAAUGAACGAGGUGUACGACAAGGAAAAAUUAUCUGCUUUAUUUAACAAAUCUGAAAUUCAUCAAUGAUAUAGUCCUAAUUUCAGACCGUAUUGUUGAUGACAAAAAAAAUUAUGAAAUGACUACGACGAAGCUUGAUGAUAACCAGGCCUAAGAUAAAUUCUCUAAAGUACAGCUAAUGACCUGUAACUAACUGUUUACUAACUAACUAAUGACUUACUUAGUUCUCAUUGAACGUGCUCUCACGUAGAUGUUUAAAUAUUAAACAGGAUCUUUACUGCUUCAUUGAUUUUUAGAAGGCAUUCGAUAGCGUUCGAUAUCAGAAACUAAGGGAAAAAAUGUGGGCAUAUACAUAUUAAUUAACCAUAAGAAUUUCCAAUCCAAUUCUAUAAUUAAUAUAUAGUGGAAUCAAAGAACAACUUGAAAAAGUCGAAACAGAAACAGUAAACAUUAAAAGAGGACUUAGACAGGGAUGCGUGUUGUCUCCAUUGUUAUUUAACCUGCACAUCGAAUCUUUCGUAAGUAAUCCAAGAGAAAGUUGAAAGGCACAAAAUAUUUAGAUAAGUACACAUCGAUUAAUAGCGGAGAACCACAAGAUAAGUAGAGAAAAAUAAAUAUAUAAAGAUUAAAAGAGGAGUGAAACAGGGAUGCAUGUUGUUCCCAUAUAUUGCAUAUCCCGCAGAGGAAGAAUGCGGUAUAUUAAUAAACGGAAAAAUAUUACACAAUAUAAGAUUCGCAGAUGGUACCAUUAUUUUAGCUGGCAUUGUAUAAUCACUACAAGUGGUGUCAUGGUGCGGGAACGCCGUUCCGGCACUGGCUAAGAAAAAAAAAUUUAGGUUUUGUAAAUAAAUCACGGAAUUUUUGAAUUAAGCAAAUGCAUACACAUUUUAAAAUAUGCAGACGUAACUUGUAUUAAAAAAACAUAGAGUAAUAUUUUACUUGUAAAAAAGUUAAGGAAAGUGCGUUCCUGAACUGCUAAUUUUGCCAUGACACCACUGAUCACUACAACACAUUUGGUAAAUAAAGCAAAUCAAUGCCGUAUCUAAUACAUACUUGAAAUAUCCGUGAAAAGAACAAUUUCAUGAUCAUUACAAAGCUACAUAUACUAGCCAUCGAAGGAAAACAAUUUAUAGUAAAUAAAAAGUAUAAAUCCAAAUAAUUUAAAAUUGGUGAAACAUAAUGUAAAGAAUACUAACGGGACCUCACGUAAGAACCAUGAUCCAGGAAGCAAAGAACAUCUCACAAAGAGAAGAUGGGACGAAAUAAAAGGCACAUAAUUGUUUAAAAAAAUAGUUGGUCAACGCAAUGAAUAAAUUUCUUCGAUUCUACAUGAGACAGUCACCAGAUGUCACCACCAUUUAUCUCAGGGUCGCAACGUCACGCGUAACGACGAUAAAUCCAAAAUGCAUAGACAUUAAGUUAGAUACGAUCCUAUUCAUAACACACCAACUCACAUAUUAAGACAAAUAAAUAUAUGGAAGAAUAUAUUUAGAAAUUGAAUUAAUGAUGUCAUGCUAUUAUACAGUGUGUCUUCGUAACUUGGAAACUUUUUUAAUAUCAAUUUUACGAAAAAAAGUUAUUCUUUAUAAAGUGCUCUGCAUAGUCUAAAACCUAAGACGCAAUCAUCAUAUAUCAAAUUUUAUCAACAGUAUACGAGGAAUGUCAAAAAAUAUUAAUUUCGCUCAAGAGUAAAGUGCCUUUAUUCUUCACAAUAUCGAAAAUUGUCAUUAAGAAAAGUUGUUUGUAAUUAAAAAUUAUUCUAUAAUCUGCAUUUACACCGUUCUGAUUAAAAAAUUUUUUUUGAAAAUUUUCUUCAAAUCACGGACACUUAACAUCAUUUUUAUUUAUGAUAUUAGCUCAGUUAUUAUUAAUUUUACGAAAAAAAGUUAGUCUUUAUAAAACGUUGUGCACAGUCUGACAACUAAGAAAAAAUUAUAAGAUAUUAAAUUUUGUCAAUUUUAUACGAGGUAUGUCAAAAAAUAUGAAUUUCGCUGAAGAGUAAAGUACCUUUAUUUUUCACAAUAUUGAAAUGUGUUAUUAUAAAAAGUUUCAGAAUUAGAAACCAUGUUUCAAUAUGCAAUUGCAUCCUUCUAGUUGAAAUAUUGUGAACUAUAAGGGUAUUUUACUCUUGAGCGAAAUUCAUAUUUUUUGACAUACCUCGUAUAAAAUUGAAAAAAAUUGAUAUCUUAUGAUUGCAUGUUAGUUUAUUGACUAUUCAGACAUUUUUAUAAAGAAUAACUUUUUUUCGCAAAAUUAAUAAUAACGGAGUUAUCUUAAAUAAAAAUGAUGGGUAUCCGUAAUUUGAGGAAAAUUUUUAAAUUAUUAUUUUUUUCAAUUAGAAGAGUGUAAAUGUGUAUUAUAACAUAAUUUUUAAUUACAAACAACUUUUCUUAAUAACAAUUUUUGAUAUUGUGAAAUAUAAAGUCACUUGAGCGAAAUUCAUAUUUUUCGACAUACCUCGUAUAUUAUUGAUACAAUUUGAUAUCUGAUGAUUGCAUCUUAGGUUUUAGACUACGCAGAGCACUUUAUAAAGAAUAACUUUUUUUCGUAAAAUUGAUAUUAAAAAAGUUUCCCAUAUGGUUCCAAGUUACGCAGACACGCUGUAUAUACAUAAUGCAUUUUUCUUAAUAUGUAUGCGAGUUGGUGUGUCAUGAAUAGGAUCGUAUCCAACUUGGUGUCUAUGCAUUUUGGAUUGAUCAUAGUUACGCGUGACAUUGCAACCCUGACAGAAAUGGUGGUGGCAUCGUGUGACUAUCUAUUACAAUCAAACAAAUUUAUUCAUUGCGUUGACGAACUAUUCUUUUUUAAACAACGAAUAAAUAAAAGACUUGUAGACACCGUUUUAGGCAAAUAAUUUACCUUAAUUAUUAACUAUUUAAGAGUUAAAUAACUUAACAUAGUUACAUCUAAAACGGCCUAGUGCCUUCUGUACUAAAUAAAAAUAUAAAAUAUAUUCUAGUCAUUGUAACAUCACAUAUUAUUGUGUAAAUUUUGAUUGGCCCUUUACUUUGUAUGUCUUGUUCACUUAUGUGAUAAAUAUGUAAAACUUAUUGUACUAAAAUAAAAAGAUAUCGAACAUUUAGUUUUUUUAGAAUUGUAAAAUAACGUAGCACAAAUCGUACGCUUAAAUUUUUAUGUAAUCAAUGUACCUAAAUAUAAUUAUUGCAAAAAGUAUACAGCAUAAUAUGUAGAAUUUUUCUUAGCAUUAACAAUCACUCAAGUUGGUCACAUCUACCCACUCAUACUGAGGAUAAGGUAUGGCGAGUAAAUAUCUUUGAAUCCAAACAGUAAUUUAGUGAGACAACCUAUAUACACUUCCUCAAGAAAUUAACGCUCCCCCUUAAAAGUUGGUUAUUUUUAAUGCCUCGAAUUUCCUAAACCUGUUGUCCGCUAAGUGAUUUUUUAACAUGUUAUAGCCUGAUUCUUUAACAACAUCGCUGUAAUAAUAUUGUUCUUAGACAGGUAAAUUGUCAUUGUAUACCGGGUGUAGCAAUCAAAGUAAUUUUUCUCAAAGUUCGCGCCACCCUGUGGGAUAUUCUAGCAUUUAUAAAAUACUGAAAUUAGAACCCAACUAUAGCCUCAUGUUUUCUUAACAUUUAGUUUUUAUUCAUUCGCUUAUGUUGGAUAAUAAAAAAGUUAUGUACUUUAACAUCUAGCCUUGUUUUUCGUCAAUACAGGGUGUUUUUAAAUAAGUAUGGCAAACUGUAAGGGGUAAUUUUACAUCAAAAAAUAAUGUCAAUUUGCUUUAUGAACGUAUGUCCGCAAAACGUAUGCUUCGUUUCCGAGAUAGGGGUGUUAAAAUCUUACAAUACAAACUGACGAUUUAUGUAUUGCUCUAAAACCGGUUGAGAUAUGCAAAUGAAAUUUAGUGGGUUUUAAGAGGUAGUUAUUGUUUUUUUUUAUAUUCAAUUAAAAAUUUUUUUGUUCACCAUUGGCGCACAUAAGGGUCAUAUUAUCCGUUUGUGCGCCAAUUGUGAAUUUUAAAUUCCUAAUUGUAAAAAAUCGUAACAACUACGUCUUAAAACCCACCAAAUUUCAUUUGCAUAUCUUAACGGGUUUUAGAACAGUAAACAAAUCGUCAGUUUGUAAGAAAAAUUGCAACACCCCCUAUCUCAUAAUCGAAGCAUUUGCGAACAUACGUUUAUAAAGCAAACUUUUUUUCAUGCAGAAUUAACCCUUAAAGUUUGCCAUAUUUAUUUAAAAAUAUCCUGUAUUGACGAAAAACAAGGCUAGUGGUUAAAGUACCUGAUUUUUUUAUUGUCCAAUAUAAGAGAAUGAAUCAAAAAACAGAAUGUUAGAAAACAUAAGGCUAUACCUAGUUGGGUUUUAAUUUCAGUAUUAUAAAAGCUAGAAUAUUCCACAGGGUGACGCGAACUUUGAGAGAAAUUACAGUUUGAUUGGUACACCCGGUAUACAAUGACAAUUUACCUGUAUAGCAAUAAUAUUAUCACAACAAUAUUAUUAAAGAAUAAGGCUAUAGCAUAUUAAAAGAGUCACUUAAAUCAGACAACAGGUUUAGGAAAUUCAAGAUAUAAAAUAUUACCCAUUUUUAAGGUGGUGCGUUAAUUUCUUGGAGAAGUGUAGUUCGCAGAUUUUAUAAUAACUUGUUAAUGCACAUACACACAAUUCAUACACACCACGUUUGGUAGAAAAAAUCUGUUUAAAACGAAAAAUAAAUCACUUUAGCAUUAAGGGAUACGUAAAUUUAUUUACUAAGACCAAUGUGAAUGCGCAAAUUCUCGCAUCAAUGUGUUUUAAAUGCAUUCAUUUUUUCGAAUUAUGGGGAAACUAAUAAGUAUUUUUGAAAAAUUUAAACGCAGAAUAAAAGAUCACAUGAUUACCGAGUGCCGAAAGGCCCUUAGAAUAACCAAUAUGUUUCUUUUAAUGAUAUAUUUGAAAUUAAAAAUCACACUAAAUGUUCUCUUUUUUUUCGCCCCUGUAACUUAUUAAAAUAAACAUAGAAGUUUUCAGCGAUUUUCGGUCCUCGAUAAUAAUGUAAUCUUCCAUUCUGCGUUUAAAUUUUUCAAAAUUAGUUUUCUCAGAAUUCCAAAGAAAAUGUCCGCCUCAUGUAAUGGAUAGUAGGUGACGUCACAAUUUCAGUAGAUCUGGGUAAAUUUUAUUUACCUAUUGUUUAACUGUUAAAGGGGAGGGGUAUAGUAUUUUUGAAUAUUUUUUUUUCGAUUUUUAAUGGCUUAUUCGAUUGUAAAUAUUUUCAAGAGUAUACCAUUAAAAUUUCAAGUCAAUCCGUGCAAAAUUGACGGAGAUAUGGAUAUAUACAAAAAGUUUCUUAGUACUAUUCACAAAACUACAUUUUUUUUAAACGUUUUUUUUUAAAAACAUGGUUUUUUGAGGCGGUGUACAUUAUAACUCAAAAAGUAAUGUAUCGGAUCUUUCUGAAAUUUUGCACACUUCCUCUUUAGAUAUUUUACUAGGUAGUGACGUCGAGUUUUUGCUUAUUUUAACAAUUUUUUUUAUAUGUAUUACCAUUUUUCUGUUAACCGAACACACUUUCUCACUUUUUCUUCGAUUUUUUCUCUUUAAAGUUAUACCACGAAUUUAAAAGUCAAUUUAAUCAUAAAAACUCGACGUCACUACCUCAAGUAACUCUUAAACUAAAAUAAUCUUUUUGGUUUGUAUGCUUCAGAUGAUUCUGUCCAAAGAUAUAGUGUACACCGCAAAUCAUCUUUUUUUGGAUCGUCUACUUAAAAAUGACGCCACCACUUUAUUUUUUAAUAUUUUUGAAUAAAAAUUUAACUGAAUAAUCUUCAAGUGUUGUUCUUUAAGGUAGCCUUUUACCCAUUUAACUUAACCCCACCACUUUCAAGGGAAAUCGUUUUAAAAUUAUGUAAAAAAACGCAGAAUUAACUAUACCCCCCCUCCCUAAGCGUUUUCUUUUAGAUCUAACACAUCUUUUCUACCAAGCUUGGUAUGUAUGAAAUAGGAAUAACAAGUUAAAAUCUGCAAAAGUAUACAGGGUGUCCAUUUAAAUUAAAUAAGUUGAGGGUAUUUCCGGUGAAACGGGACGUAUAGUGGUGAACAAAAAUAUAUAGUAUCAAAUAUAUGUCAUGGUACUUGUAUGCAAAAUUUUAUGAAUAUCGUCUUUUUGUUUCAAAGACAUUUAUUUACUUCCAUACUUUAUCCAAACUCUAUAUAAUUACACAAGCCAACAACCCUGGGACCCAUAAAAUAGAGUAUCCUCUUCCCAAAGUUGUUAGUAUGCUGAAUACUGAUUCUGAGCUCAAAAUUGUUGAGUUGGCUCUAGUUUCUGAGACAUCCUGACCUUUAAGUCCAAAAAUCGCGGUUUUUUGGCCAUAUAGACCCGUUAAUUUUUUCUAUCCUAAAAUAAUACGUAUAACACCUUAAACUAUAAGUAUUUCGCUUUCAAACACGGUUGAGCAUGCUCAAAUAUAUUUUUCUUCGCUGAGUUAUUAUCUUCUAUCGCAAUUAAGCUAAAUACACUAAUAACUCACCCUAAUCUCUAAAAACAACCCGUAUUAGAUCACAAGUGGGCCAACGAACCUAAUCCUGAAAAAAACGAAGUUACUCGCUUAUUUUUCGUAAAAUAAAUUUUCCUUAAUAAGUAAAAGGGAAAUAUCAUUACAACACGCGAGCCGACCGACCUUUCUACCUACACCCUAACCCACCUUACCCCUAAAGUACGACCCCCCACCAAACCAGAAACGGGCUGACCCGCUAGUUUUGCACUUUUAGGUUAGGAUAUCUCAGAAACCAGACCCAAUAUGGAGCUGAAAUUCGGAUUCAACGCACAAAAAAACCUUCUGAAAAGUAUAUUCUUAUCUCUGGGUCCGGUUUUUCGUUUUAGUGGAAGAAAAUUCUAGGCCAAUAGUUUUAGCAGUAGAUAUCGGUAUGUCCCAUAUUUUCAAAAAAAAGUCCGGAAGUGGAUAAAGUGACUAAUUCUAAGCCACUCGUGUUAUAUCCUGCCAUAAGGUGUCCAUUUUCAAUAAAAAAUCUCUAAGAGUUUUCGAUAUAUGAAAAAAAUCGAUUUUCAUUUGUAACUUCAAAGGGCAGUAACUUUUUUGUGUGCUCUAUUGUCUAUAGGUAAGUGAGGUUCAAUCAACCUAUUUUUGACCCCAGAAUCUGUGGUAUAAUUUAUGACCAAUCUUUUUGGGACACCCUGUAUAUUAUGAACUACAUAUAUGGAUGGGAUUCUGCAGAAUGGAUCCAACCCACACUCUGUUAAAACUUAGAUACUAGCCAAAAACUACGAUAAAAUUUAAAAUUCUCUAUUAAAAAUAAUUAUGGUUUAACAUUAGAAUCGGUACAAUAUUAACGAUUCUAAUGUUAAACCAUAAUAAUUACUUUUAAUAGAGAAGUUUAAAUUUUAUAGUAAAGUUUUUGGCUAAUAUCUCAGUUUUAACAAAGUGUGGAUUGGAUCAUUUCUGCAGAAUCCUGUUCAUAUUUUGCUGGAUAUUGUCUGCUGUAUAUAAAUGUAUGUAGAGUAAUAGUACUUGCAAAUUCCAAUAAAUGUACAGUAUUAUUUUAAUCUUGCUUAAAGGUGGAGGUGUAAGUGCUAAAAAUUCAUUUUAAAAGGUCUACAAUAAGUUUGUCUCUCAUUAUAUUGUUAAGAUUAAAUUUUAUUGUUUUAUUGUUAAGUUUUGCCAUCACGUCUGAAUUAUUAGGAUAUUUUAUAUUAAAUAAAUUACAUACCUACUU